UCCCUUCACCUGUGCCCAACCUGUUUAUCUUGCUCAUCUGACUAACUGGCUGAGGAUAAAUCCGCAUCGUUUGCUCGGAGGGUUUUUGACUUUUACCCGCUUUCAGAGGCCAAACGCCACUUUUUCUCAACCGCGUCUGCCUUUUAAAGGUUUUUACUCAAGUGUUUCUUUUUAAUUCGCCGUCUGACUGUGGACUUAGCCCUCGCUGAUCGAGGCACCUGCCUCUCAAACAAGGAAGUCCAGUCGACCUGGACCCGACGUUGAUGAAGUCGACGGGCCGUUUGCAAAUGGCAGCUGUUGCCCUCGUUUGGUUCUCGUGAAAGGUGUUUUAUCCUCGACGGUUGUUCACCUGUAACGUGACAAACCUGGACUGUUUUGUUGUUAAUAUUAUUUUAACGCGAUAAAUCAGUGUCUGGUCUCCUUCCGGGGACGAGGUGAGUGUUGACUGUAAACAAGAUGAACGCAUCUGUGGACGGACUUGAUCCAUUGACGGAAAACGACACUGUUCACCUGCCUUUGCCCCUUCUCCCUGAGAAGUCUGGCGUGUCCAAUAUGACCAUCAUUAUGACCAGCAACGGGACAAUCGUAGGGCACCAGAUGUUCCUCAACACAGUGGUUGCUCAGGCCCUCUCAGGGAUCUUUGUCUGGUCUGCCUUGCUCAUAACAUUUCACCAGAUCUAUACACACCUGCGGUCCUACACUGUCCCCAAUGAGCAGCGCUAUAUCAUCCGCAUCCUGCUAAUUGUGCCAGUCUACUCCUUUGAUUCUUGGCUCAGCCUGCUCUUCAUCAGCAACGACCAGUACUACGUCUACUUUGAUUCCGUCCGAGACUGCUAUGAAGCAUUUGUCAUUUACAAUUUCCUGAGCCUGUCCUUCGAGUAUCUGGGAGGAGAGAGUGGAAUCAUGUCCGAGAUUCGAGGGAAGCCUAUAGAGUCAAGUUGUCUCUAUGGUACCUGCUGCCUCGGUGGUAUGAGCUACUCCAUUGGCUUUUUAAGAUUCUGCAAACAGGCAACUCUCCAGUUCUGCGUUGUCAAACCCAUCAUGGCAGUCAUCACCAUCAUCCUGCAGGCCUUUGGCAAAUAUCAUGACGGGGAUUUUAAUGUGAAUGAAGGAUACCUGUACAUCACAAUCAUCUACAACUUCUCAGUCAGCCUGGCCCUCUACGCACUCUUCCUCUUCUUCUUCGCCACGAGCGACCUGCUCAGGCCGUACGAGCCGGUGCUGAAGUUCCUCACGAUUAAAUCGGUCAUCUUCUUAUCCUUCUGGCAAGGAAUGGUGCUCGCCAUCUUGGAGCGCUGCGACGUCAUCCCCUACGCGCUCUCCAUCAACGGACAGGAGGUGGGCGCCGGGACCGUGGCCGCGGGCUGGCAGAACUUCAUCAUCUGCAUCGAGAUGUUCUUCGCCGCCAUCGCCCUGCGAUACGCCUUCACCUGCACCGUCUACCAGGAGAAAAAGAACGAAGUGCCAGACAACAUCCCCCCGAUGCAGAGCAUCUCCAGUGGCCUUAAGGAGACCAUCAACCCCGGCGACAUGGUGCAGGACGCCAUCCACAACUUCUCCCCCGCCUACCAGCAGUACACCCAGCAGUCCACGCAGGAGGUGGUCCCGCCCAGCACCAACGGGAAGGUGGUCACAGGCAACAUGCCCUCCCGCAAGUCUGACAAAAUCAUGCUGAUUACCUCUGAUGAUGAAUUCUAGGCAUUUCCCCAGCACGCUCCAGGUGUUUGUGUCCCUGAAAAACAACCCCCCCCCCCCCAUCUCUGACCCCCCCUGCUGGAAACAGCUGUAUCGCACACUGCACAGAGCUGGAUGGAAUCCAGAUGUUGAUAAUCAUUUUCCCAGUAUUUAAAAAAAAUAUAUAAAAAAAGGACUGCUUAAUUCUCAUAUCUUGUUGCGGGGGGGAAUGAUUUCAGCAUUGAGAGGAGCAUAAAAUUGAUAAGAAGUUUUUUUUCGAAUUAUCUCAAUGACACAAGAACAUGUUGGCAGCAGUAAAAAGGGAAAACAGUGUCACCUAAAGUUUAUCAGUGAAGUCUGGAGUGAUGCGUUUGUCCUUAAGUCGAGCUCCGCGCGGUGUCGAGCCAGUGCCUGUGAUCUGGAUCCUGUUUGUGUGAUUACAUCAGAGCUGGCCUCUAGCCGCGCGAGGCACGUUCCCUUUCUGAUGCGUGUCAGUUUGAACGAGGAGAUGAUUAACGCUGCGUGCGUCUCCAGGUGAGGGAAAAGCCGGCGACGGCUGGGAUUGACACUUCAGAGACGGCCUCAUCCAUACGUUUCAAGUAUUUGCUGAGAAUUCCUCUGCAUGAUUUCCCUGACAAAUGGGGAAGAAAUCGGAUGAAACUGUCUCCUGUAUUGUGGGUGUUGUGUUAUUCUCAUUAAUUUUUCCCAGCAUGCUAAAGAGCAGUGCAACUAGACCAGACAGCCAUUUACUAGAACUUCAUAAUUAGUCUUUUUGCAGCUUGUAACGUACACUCUUAACAAAUGAGAGGCUUUUUUUUUUUUUUCUCGAUGUGUUAAUCAUGACAUAAUUUAAAUCCUCACAGUGAUUAUGAAACGUGUUCAGAAUUGAAUUGUAAUUGUGGUGUUUUGUGUUUGCUUUUAAAACAACAAAAGUCUUUCUUAAUAUUAUGAGAAUUAAGGGAAGAUUUAAUUUUAUUUAAAGUGUGUGCUCUUCAGUCAUAGUCGGACCAAACCAGAUUCUGUGUGGAGGAGAGCAUAAUCACAAACUGUAACAGUCUCCUCGACCUUUUUUUUAUUCACAUGGGAGAUGCACGUAAUACUGUAGCUUUCAUACCGGUAGGGAGUUUUGUAUGGAAAGUUAUAGUUGUAUGAAUUUUGAAACUCUCUUGUGCCAAUGCUAGCUGUCUUUCAGGGAAAGCCUAAAUUCAUUUUGCAGUUAAAUAUACGUGUACACAAUACUUGUUAAUUUGGCAAAUAAAAUUGUGGUUUUUUUGCCUCUGUAA